GCUCCCGCGCGUUGGAAGUUGGAACUCGUUGAAAUGUGAACUUCCUCUCGUUCCGUAAAUUACAGUAUAUACGACUUUUAGUACGUAGCCAUGGCCACCGAAGUGGGAGCCCCAGAAGCUAUGGCAGAAGACACCACCAAGCUGCCCCAGAAGCGCUACUUUCGCCAACGCGCGCAUGCAAACCCCUUUUCCGACCACCAACUGGUGUAGUACCUCCAUACGCCCGGAAGACUAUGACUGGUCAAAACACUACCCUGCCUGGUUCCCAACCAAAGCUGGACAGGAGGAAAAGUUCGUCGAGUUUGCUGAUAUAGGAUGCGGUUAUGGAGGACUUUUGACCUCGCUCUCACCCCUGUUUCCGUCAACACUCAUGCUGGGCAUGGAAAUUCGUGUCAAGGUCGAGGACUACGUUCACAAACGCAUCGAAGCUCUGCGCGAACAGAACAAAGAGAAGGCGAUAGAUGCGUCCGGAUCCUAUCAAAAUAUCUCCGUUAUCCGGAUGAACGCCAUGAAGUUCAGCCCCAAUUUCUUCAGGAAGGGCCAACUCUCCAAGAUGUUCUUCUUGUUCCCUGACCCUCACUUCAAGAAGCGCAAGCACAAGGCUCGCAUUGUGACAUCGACGCUCUUGGCAGAGUACGCCUACAUGCUUCGUGUUGGAGGCAUUCUGUAUACUGUCACCGACGUGCGCGAUUUGCACGAGUGGAUGGUCAAGCAUUUGGAUGAGCAUCCUUUGUUUGUGCGAAUGAGUGACGAAGAGCUGAAGGACGACCCAUGCGUACCGUGCGUUAUGCAGGAGACGGAAGAGGGGAAGAAGGUGGAAAGGAAUCAAGGCGACAAGUUCUUAGCUGUUUAUAGACGAGUAGAUGUGGAUUUUUCACUAAAUUGGAAGGGUUUUCGGCCAAUUCUCGGCGAUGAUGGGGAGGACGGAGAGGGCGGCGCCGACGACGGAGAUGAUGCAUAGUUAGACACAGUUAUACGGUAGUUGCAAAUGAGACGCAGUCCGCGGGAGUGACACAUUAGUGCGCA